CCACACCCUGGCAGGGCGUGUUAUAAAGGAACAGCCCUGCACAUGUUAUCGCCAGUAACGAACUGAAACCCAAAACAUGACCAUGAAGGAGUCUCAGCACGGCAGCUUUGACAAUCCAGUCUUUGAACCUGAAGAUGUCUUUCAAGGUUCAAACAUUCAAAAGGACGGCAGUCUUGAUGGGAAGCCUGACAAGGAGGGAAACAUCCAGGGGGUACCCGAGGAGUCACUGGAACAUAACCCCAAAGUAGCGCGGAUAAUCCUCAAGAACAUCAUCAUCAUCUCUAUCGCCUUCACCUUCCUCUUCACCGCAUACAACUCCAUGGCCAACCUGCAGUCUUCCAUCAACCAGACGGUCGGCACGGUGUCCCUGACCACAAUAUACGCGGCGCUCGUAGUGUCCUGCUGCUUCCUGCCAUCACUGCUCAUUAAGAUACUCAAGACUAAGUACACGAUGGCAAUCUGCAUGCUGGGUUACUCUUCAUACAUCGCCGCUCAGUUCUACCCGACACUGGCCACAAUGGUGCCCACAGCCAUCUUGGUGGGGCUCGGCGCCGCUCCGAUGUGGUCAGCGAAGUGUUCUUAUCUCACCCAGGUGGGGACCAAGUACGCGGAGCUGACGGGACAGGACAAAGAAGUGGUUAUUACUCGAUACUUUGGUAUUUUCUUCCUCUUCUUCCAGUCGACUCAGGUGUGGGGCAACCUCAUCUCCUCCACAGUGUUGUCAGUGGAUACGGGCGAGUUAAACAAAACGGACGAACAGCUGGAGAAAUGUGGAUACAAUUUCUGUCUCUUUAAGCAAAAUGAUACUAACAGCGAUGACGGCAUUCCCAACUGGCAGAGAUACACCAUGGCAAGCAUCUACCUAGUCUGUGCACUUUUGUCCUCAGUCAUCAUCGUACUGUUCGUCGAUCCUCUCAGAAGGUUCGUGGGGAAGGAGAAGGAGACAGCUGCUACAGAGGGCAAGUCGGAGAUCCAGCUUCUGAUCGCCACCUUCAACCACAUGCGUCACCCAUACCAGCUGCUCAUCAUCCCCCUCACCAUCUGGUCGGGCGUGGAACAAGGCUUCUUCCAGUCUGAUUACACAGCCGCUUACGUGUCGUGUGGCCUCGGUGUGCACAUGGUGGGGUACGUGAUGAUCUGCUAUGGGGUGUGUGACGCCCUCUGCUCCGUCUCCUUCAGCCCGCUGGUCAAACUGGUGGGUCGCGUGCCCGUCUUCACCAUGGGGGCAGUGAUCAACUUCGGGGUCAUCAUUACUCUCAUAUACUGGCGGCCUCACCCUGACGACACGGCCAUAUUCUUCGUGCUGGCCGGGCUGUGGGGUGUGUCGGAUGCUGUCUGGCAGACGCAAAUUAAUGCGUUCUACGGUGUGAUCUUCCCUGGCAAGGCCGAGGCUGCCUUCAGCAACUACCGCCUUUGGGAGUCCGUCGGGUUCAUCAUCACCUUUGCCUGCAGCACCACCCUCUGUAUCUACUCCAAGAUCGUCAUUGUGUUGGCGUUCCUCAGUGUCGGCAUCGUCGGUUACUUCAGCAUAGAGAUUAUCGAUAGGUUUGUGGGCAUCAAGAAGGAUAGUGACGGAGAGGCUGUCCCCAUCGAUAAGCUCGUCACAGGAAAAUAUUAAAUUCUCUCCCUUUUGUAACCAAUAAUCUCAGCCUGGCAGCUCAGAUAAUUGGAGGUAGUGGAUAUAAACUGUGCACUUAACGAAGGUAAUGCCCACUAAGUCAGUAUCAUCUCAUGACAUGCUGUAUCUUUUAGGAGUGUUGUAUUUCUAAACCUCAACGAAUCAAAAUUUUGAGCUUUUUAUAAGUUUUGGAGCAAAGGAACCAGAAACUAAAUGGAUGAAAAAAUGAAAGGGGUACUACAAGUGCACUUACGAAGCAUUUUCUUCGCCGAAAGCCUCUUUCGUUGAGCAGAGUGUGAACUGUACUCACUGCGUGAAGACGUUUUCAUUGAUACGUGCCGUAAAGUAUUGAUAUCCAGGAAUGACUAAAUUAUUUAUGGUGAAUACAAUUUUUUUUUUUCAAAUGAUUUUCAGAAUCAAUAAGUUAAGACAAAAUAUGGAUAAUGUUAACAAAUUUACAUCGUUUCAUAGACUCGUACUAGGAAUUAUACGGACCCUGAAAAGAUUUUAUUAUUAUAUACUUAUGUGCGCAAUUCAAGAGAUUUUCUACAUCAGUUUGCCUUUUCUGUGGCCCUGGGAAAUGGAGAUCAUGUUCACUGAAAUGGGUAGGACAAGCCCACCAAAACCCGAUAUUUCCUUUGCUGCUCACCAAAAACUACAUCAAGAUAGUACUGCCUAUCGAAACUACCAUUUCGUAUAAUCAGUUCUUUGAACAGUGCAGCGAAAGUUGCCCUGCAUGAGUUUGCUUUACGAGCAAAAUCUUGCCCGCAUAACGCUCCAUUAAUGGUUACGGGCCGUCAUUAGAUACCGCUAAAUCUGUUAAAAAUUCAGCGGUUUAGCAUAUCAAAGUUAAUAUAUGAGUUGACGUUUUAACGGUUAUCCAGGCUAACUUUUUGUUAGAUGAGUCCACUAAUAUAUAUAUAUAUAUAUAUAUAUAUAUAUAUAUAUAUAUAUAUAUAUAUAUAUAUAUAUAUAUAUAUAUAUAUAUAUAUAUAUAUAUAUAUAUAUAUAUAUAUAUAUAUAUAUAUAUAUAUAUAUAUAUAUAUAUAUAUAUAUAUAUAUGUAUAUACACACGAGAGAGAGAGAGAGAGAGAGAGAGAGAGAGAGAGAGAGAGAGAGAGAGAGAGAGAGAGAAGGCGGAUGGGGACUCACAGGUAGCAGUUUUCGACUCCCGAGAUUCCAUGUCUCGUAUUAUAAGCUAGUAUGAAGCAAUGCUUCCACAACAGAUGCCUAUUCAUUACUGUCUAACAUUAUGUUUUGCUGUCUGUGAUGCAGAAACAUACUCUGAGUCACGGGCAGGGUGCUAGAAGGACGGCAAGCUCAGAUGUCCGUCUUGAAUACUCGGUGGGAAGUUGCAGUUUCCUUAAAGAGGACCGUGUGGAUGAUGCGUGCCACAGUGGAGAUUGUUCACUUGGGUAAAGACGUCUCUCUGAGGAGUGAGUUUAGUCCUCGACAGUCAGUGCGAAGUCUGUUGAUAAUACUUAUCUUUAAAUAACUUUGAAGAACACAACCAAUUUUGACUUUUGAGAAUAUUGCUGACGCUGAACUCUCCAAAUAUAGCCUGUUGUUCCCAGACCAAUUGUAUUGUACUAUUAUCGUAACUUCAAUAAGUUGUUAAUUUUUGUGCAUCUACAGAUACAGUAAACAGUACUACGUAUUGUUACUUAGCAUUUCGUUCCUUGUAGAAAAUAUGAUGAUAAUGAUAAUGACGAUGACGAUGAUGAUGAUGACGAUGAUAAUUGUGCCAAUCCAACACUUCAUUAAAAACCUAUAUUUUAUAUAUUUUGUACAUUAUUCUAUCUCUACAGCUACCAUUAAAAUUUACAUUUCAGA